CGGAGGGUAAGGAAACCGCGCGCCGGCCUUGCCUUUAACGCACUGCGAAGCCGAAAAAGACCGGCCGAAGGAGGUGGCGGGGAGCAGGUUAUUCGUGGAGCUGAAGUCGCUGCAGCGUCCAGGUGAAGAAAGCAGAACUGUGAAGAAGGCAAGAUGGAUCUUGAUGUGUUAAACAUGUUUGUAAUAGCGGGAGGCACUUUGGCCAUUCCCAUUUUGGCAUUUGUGGCCUCCUUCCUCCUGUGGCCUUCAGCACUGAUCAGAAUAUAUUACUGGUAUUGGCGUCGAGCCCUGGGCAUGCAGGUGAAAUACGUACAUUGUGGUGAUUACCAGUUUUGCUAUUCUUACCGGGGAAGAUCCAGCCACAGACCAUCUGUUCUCAUGCUGCAUGGGUUCUCGGCUCACAAAGAUAUGUGGCUUUCUAUGGUCAAGUUUCUUCCAAAAAAUCUUCACUUGAUUUGUGUUGAUAUGCCAGGUCAUGAGGGUACCACUCGGUCAUCUCUCGAUGACUAUUCCAUAUAUGGACAAGUGAAAAGAAUACACCAGUUUGUUGAAUGUAUCAAUCUCAACCGAAAGCCAUUUCAUCUGCUUGGAUUGUCAAUGGGUGGAAGUGUGGCUGGUGUUUAUGCUGCUCAGUAUCCGGCAGAGGUCUGCUGCUUGACUCUUAUAUGUCCUUCAGGUAUGGCCAAUGCCAAAGAAAACACCUUUAUACAACAGAUGAAGGAGAUGAGGAAGAAUGGCUGCUUUGAUCAGAUUCCUUUGAUUCCUUCCACUCCGGAAGAAAUGGCAGACAUGUUAAAACUGUGCUCUUAUGUUCGCUUCAAGGUGCCCCAUCAAAUCCUACAGGGCCUUGUUGACGUUCGGAUCCCACAUAAUGACUUUUACCGAAAAUUGUUUUUAGAGGUGACAGAUGACAAGUCACGGACUUGCCUCUCUGACAACAUGAGCAAGAUCAAAGCUGCAACACAGAUUAUCUGGGGGAAGCAAGAUCAGGUGCUGGAUGUUUCAGGAGCAGACAUUUUAGCAGAAUCAAUCUCUGGUGCCCAAGUACAUAUUCUGGAAAAUUGCGGGCAUACUGUAACCGUGGAACGGCCCAGAAAAACAGCAAAGCUUAUUCUGGAUUUUGUCACCGCCGUACAGAAUGCUGAGAAUAAUAAGAAACUGGCUUGAACUUUUCCUAUGGGUUUGAACCUUUAAGCCUAGAUGUUUCAGUUGAGAGGAAAUACUGCUAAUUUAAUCAGUUCUCAGGGAUCUUAUUAUACAGAACUUGGUGAUUGUGCCAAAAUCCCUGAAGAAAUCUGAAUAAUUCAUGUAUUUAAUUUAGAAGUUUUAUCAGUGCAAUGACUCUGGGAUACUGAACAGCCUUUACAUACAUAUGCUAAUGAUAAUAAAGUCUUAUAAAAAUCUGCAUUUCUAGAUAUUUCGAGGAAUAGUGAAAGACUUACAAGGUAGAUGCGGAAAACACUUUUUCCUCAAAAACAAUCGUCUGUUUUUGAUGCCAAUCACACAUUUUAAAAUGUCCAAUUUGAAUUGGAUAACAUGAUUAUUGCUAGGCAAAGUAGGAAAAAAAAAUCACUGUCUUCUAAUUGUUAGUGUGCUCCUUUCUUGGUCUGGUAAUGUUUCACUGAACUAAACAUCAGAGGAAAAAAAUGGCAAAGGGCAAAUCCUUUUGGGACAGAUUCCUAUAUGGGUUCUAUGUAAUCAAAAAAAGGUGCAUCUUGCCUUUCAUUUGGGGUUUACCUAUACAGUAGCAUAUCAGUAAUAUAUAAUUAUUGAUAUAUUUAUAAAAGCUAAAAUAUGACUGUCAGAAAAUUCUGUAUCCUGGACUGCAUUGGCCUGUUCAAGGUUUAUGCAGUGACUUCAUGCAAUCUAGCAUAAUACUUAGUUAAUUGGAAUGUAGAUGGCAAUUGCAAUUGAUUUUGAAUAUGUAGGAAAAAUGGCCUAGAGCAAAAUUUCAUACAGAGGGGGCCAACGUGAGCUUCCAUCUCUUAAUAUAGAUGACUUUGUAUGAGGAAAUGUUGUGACAAAACGCUUGGAUGAGCCAGAUAUUCAUUGAAGUACUGUUUGUAUUGAGUUACGAUUUCAGUCAAGAAAAAAUAUGCACUACAUAUUAAACCUAUGACAGCUUUCCUGAUGCAGUGCAAGUAUUCAGUUUGUAUUGAUUUAUGAAAAAGGUGAUUUUGUAUUCCUCCACAGCUCCACAAUUUAUAUGUAUACACCGCAUUAGUAGCAAAUUGAAAUAUUGAUGUCAUCUGGAUCGACUAUAAUUGCAACAGUUGAACAUUUGUGAAGUAGCUGGACCCCUUCCUUGAAAGGCAGGUCACUGAGUGUAAAACUUGUGCAUAUGUAGUUGUAUGUGCACACAAACAUACACAUACACAUAGGCUCAAGUCCACUAAAGUCCAUGUGACUAUUUCCGAUGCAAGCGGUUUGCAACUCCCUGUGAAGAGUAAUCUUACUGUACAGCUGAUAAAAUAAAUGGAGCUGUCCCAAAGCCAUUUCUGGAGCCAUUGUUUCAAUCUAGAUGGGACCUGAUCCAAGCAAUAACACUAUAUGUAAAUAAAUGUAGAAGUGAUCAAUUUUUGGUUAGAAUUGGGCGGAACUGCUUUUUCAGCUUCCUCUGCUGCCCCUUUUGAUUAAAUGUUCUACUGAGUAAAUUAUUUACUUAAUGAAUUCUGUAAAUUCUGUGAAUUGUUGAGUUCGGGUGGAGGAACAGUAGAACUGAAAUGUGUACCAAUAAAGUAGAAUUGGGAUAUUCUAAAUGUUUAUUUGUUAUGCUCACCAGACUCUUACAAAAUGAAUUGUUUAUCAAUCUUCCACGUAUUCUGCUUUUAAAUUAAUAUCUAAAGAGUAUAAAGCAUACAGUAUUCCUUUUCCUGGAUAUGCGUUCUCAUUGCUGAGUGCAGUUCUUUAGCGAACAAAAAUUCUGUAUCAGAUUUAGAAAGUUGGACUUCUUACAUCCUUGUAACUACCCUUUCCCUUUUUAUAUUUAUAUGGAGGCUUGUGGAAACCCCUUCCCACCAAGAAACAUUCAAUGAAAGUUGUUGUUCCAUUGAGUAACAAUUUGUAGCAUAUUGGGUAUAUGUAGUCUAUACCCAAUGCAUAUUUUAGAAUGGCAGAUAAAUGAGUGAACCGAUUCCAAAGUAAUUUGACUUUGACCAAAACUUGUAUUUGUUGAAACAUUAAGAGAAUAUGUUGAUACCAGGUGUGGUUUCUGAUUUUACAACCACUUUGGAAGUGAGAUAUCAUUAUAUAAUACUGUAAUUUUGUUUCAAUUAAAAUACUUUAUUGUGACUGAUUUCUUCCAAUCAAAUCCUUGCAAUUCCUUGUAUUUUCAACUUCUAUUUUAGGAAUGCAAUCAAAUUAUCUUGCAAUGCAUUUUCAUUAGAGAGUCAUGAAUGGUCUAUUUUUUUCUCAAACAGGGUUGGGGGAAUUCAACUUUUAUUGAGGAAAAAUGAGAACCCGUGCAUUUUAUUUAAUAACCGAUCAGUAUUUCUAGAAGUAGAGAUUAAAAACCAUACAAAACCAACAGAGAACAAGUCAAUUUUUAGUAUGGCUCUUAGAAGCCAAUGUACUGUACGCAGAAAGACUCAAAUUAAAACGUAAUUGAAAUAUCAAAAGUCUUGAAUUCGUGUGGUUUUGUUUUGUCCCGUUUUUUUCUUUUAUUUCUGGUGUUCAGGCUGUAAGUGCCAC